AUGUUUAAUAAUUAUGUAAUUGAUAAUACUACAUUAAUAGAAAGAAACUUUUUACUUUUAACACAUGUGCGUCUCAUUGUAAAAUUUUAUAUAUGGCCAUUAUUUGUUGUAUUUGGUUUAACUGGUAAUUGUUUAUCAAUACUUGUUUUAACACGACGUCGUCUUAUACGAACAAGUACAAAUAAUUAUUUAACAAUAUUAGCUGCAUUUGAUUCAUGUUAUUUAAUAUUUACACUUAUACUU